CCAGGCUGCCCCGUGUGGAAGCUGCCGCCGCCUGAAGUCGCGCUUCUUGCGGCUUCUGGCCGGGCUGGCGCCGCGGCAGAGCUCUCGAAAGAAGCCACUUCCUAGCUAGUCACAUAAUGGCCUUUGAACACAUACCACGAAAAGACUGGUAUAGAAUUCUGGGUGCAGAACCAUCAGAGAACCUGACUGAACUGAAACAGAAAUAUCAGAAGCUGGUAUUAUUAUAUCAUCCAGACAAACAGAGCGCAGAUGUGCCAGCAGGAGAAGUGGAGGAGCGUGUGCAGAGGUUCAUCGAAAUUGAUCAAGCGUGGAAAAUUCUAGGGAACGAAGAGACAAAAAAAGAGUAUGACCUACAGCGCCAUGAAGAUGAUCUAAUGCAAACAUGGCCAGUGGAUGCUCAAAUUUAUCUUGAAGACAUGUCCUGGAAUAAGGAUGAAGAAUGUUAUACACGCUUAUGCCGAUGUGGUGGGAAGUAUACUGUCUCCAGAAAUGAAGCUGAAGAGGUUUCCUUGGUUUGCUGUGACACAUGUUCAUUAAUUAUAGAGAUCCUUCGAUGAAAUAAGAGUUGUCCCACUUGCAUGUGUUGGUUUCAUCCAGCUGAAUAGUCAGUGGACAGAAUCGGUUAGUAAAUGUUUCAGGGGAAAGGUGUGCAUUGCAAGUGCUAGCACACUGUCAGGGCUGAAAAGGAGGGCUUAAGUCUAUUUUCAAGAUUUAACCAGAAGACCUUAAACAAAAGAGCUGUAAGUGUUUCAGUUAAUCAAAUUAGACACAUUUCUGUACUUAAUAGAAUUUGAACUGUCCUGUGAAAAUGGUGCUUGUUCUGCUUGUUUUCACUGAUUUGAAAACUGUCCUUUUCCUGCCCUAAAAAUGAGUCCUUUCAUCAUUUUUAAUUAAUUUAUUUACAUUCCAUUUGUUUGUUUGGUCUAGAUGCCACUUGUUUCUCCUCAAGAUUAUAGCAGUUAUAGCUGGGGGACUACCUUCAGAGUAGCUAAAUCUCACAUUACCAUCAAAGACGACAAAAGUUACCUUAUAAACACUUAACAUGAGAAGUAUUUUUCUGAAAACAAAACUGUUACUGGAAUUGGAAGAGAAUGGAGAUCAGCCUAAUAUGUUAAAAGGAAGGAAGGUAAAAUUUCUAGGAAGCAGCUGCUGUACAAAACAAUGGUCCUGUGCCUUUUUAAAAAAUGGUCAAAGCUUUUUAAGCAAUCUUACAAUAUGCAUAUGCAACUGAAUUGAGGGGCUUAUGUGCACAAAGUUGUUACCUCUUUCCUACAUGUCACGUGUUAGUAGACUCCAGUAGUUAAGAUCAGAGCCAUGUAAUAGUUUAAUGACGUCUCCCAUAUAUUAAGGACUGCAUUUCUGCAAAUGUGCUGUUUGAAGUGUUGCUAAUACAGAGUGGUUCUGCCACCUCAAGAAUUUGCAUGGUGACUUUUGUCCAAGAAACAGCUUUGCAAUCAUAGUUUUGUCUAAGUCAUUUGGACUUUUAAUUUAACUACAUUGGUAAUAUUUUAUGAAUGGAAACUUGAGCGUAGGUCCACAAUAGGAUUUAGGCACCAAGUCAAAAAUUUAGAUCCUCCAAGCCCCUGCUAAGCUGCUGCCUAACCCUGCAUGUGGCUAAAAUCUCUAGGUGACUAAGUUGCCAGUGGUGAAAUCCCCAACAUGCCUAUAUUUCUGUGAGUGGACAAGUACAAAGCCACCUAAGUCCUGACACUGCUGAGCUGCUCAGGGUCUGAUCUGGUAGGUGUUCUCAGAGUCUGCCUAAGAGCAUGCCUACUGGAUUGGACCCCACAUAAAACAGGGUGAGUAUAACAGUAGCCCAGUAGUUGAACACUCACCUGGGAUGUGAGUGACCUGGGUUCAGGUCCCAGUGUGCUUGAUCUGGAGCAAGGACUUGAACCCAGGUCUAACCCAUCCUAGAUGAAUAUCCCAAUCACCAGGUUAUAGGGUAUUGUGAGUGAGUCUCUCCUGUUGAUGUUGUUCUACUUAAAUAGUCAUUGGUACAGGGACUGGAACCUGCGUCUCUCAGAUGAAUAUCCUAACCACUGAGCUAUAGAGUCACUCUCUCUGGCCCAAUUAAUAAUGGCCAUCAUCACUACCUAAUUUUUUUUAUGAGAAAGGGCUGACCUGGCUUAAACUCUCCCUAGAGUUAGACACGUAUGGCUGUGAAUCCCUAGUGAAGAUGGGUGCCCAGCUGCCCUUGAGGGGCAGGGCAACUCAUGCUGUAUAUGUUCUGUGGAAUGUUACUGAAAAAUGACUGGAGUGGCAAAAGAAAGUUAACCUGUCAGCACUAUGGCUACUGCCACGCCAGCAUGGGGUGCCUGAGGACAUAAAAAGCGACAAAGAGUCCUGUGGCACCGUAUAGACUAACAGAC